AUCACUCUGUUUGACUUCAGACAUCAGCAUUUUCCUUCAAAUUCCUGAGUAUCUCAGCUGUCCUUUCCUUUUCGCCUCGUCUUUUGAAACAAUCUAGGCAGCAGAAGCAGUAACCAUGUCCUUUACCGGAGAUGUGUGUGUGGUAACAGGAGCGUGUGGCUUUCUUGGGGGAAAGCUAGUUAAGCUACUACUGGAGGAAGAGAAUUUUGCUGAGAUUCGACUGUUAGACAGAUGCAUUCAAUCUGAGCUCAUUGAGUCACUAGAAGCUUGCCAGGGAGAGACAAAGCUGAGUACGUUCGAAGGCGACAUCAGGGACAGUGAGCUACUGAGGAAAGUGUGUAAAGGAGCAACCAUCAUUUUCCACACUGCCUCUCUCAUCGAUGUCACUGGAGCUAUUAACUACAGCGAACUGUAUGGGGUGAAUGUGAAAGGUACCAAAUUGCUUCUAGAGGCAUGUAUGCAGGAGAAUGUUGCUUUCUUCAUAUACACCAGUAGCAUUGAGGUUGCUGGUCCAAAUCAUCGCGGUGACCCUAUCAUCAAUGGUAAUGAGGACACAGUGUACAACGCUUACUUAAAGUUUCCCUACAGCCAGACCAAAAAGGAAGCUGAAGAGAUUUGCCUUAAUGCUCAGGGCGAAAUGCUUCAAACUGGAAGCCGGCUGGCUACUUGUGCUCUCAGGCCGAUGUAUAUUUAUGGCGAAGGCUGCAGGUUUACUUUAGGCCACAUGAGAGACGGAAUCCAGAAUGGUGACGUGUUAUUGAGGACUUCACGACGUGAAGCUAAAGUCAAUCCUGUAUACGUGGGAAAUGCAACUCUUGCACAUCUGCAGGCUGCACGAGCCCUGAAGAAUCCAGAGAAGAGAGCUGUGGUUGGUGGAAACUUUUACUACAUCUCAGAUGACACUCCACCUUUCAGCUAUUCUGACUUCAACCACGCUGUUCUUCAACCACUUGGUUUUGGUAUACAGGAUCGACCCUUCCUACCCUUCAACAUUCUGUACUUUAUUUGCUUCCUCAUGGAGGUGGUCCAUGUCUUGCUCCGUCCUUUUCUAUGCUUUACCCCACCACUGAAUAGACAGCUUUUGAUUAUGCUCAACACACCUUUCACCUUCUCUUAUCAAAAGGCCCACCGAGAUCUGGGAUACACUCCUCGUUAUAAGUGGGAAGAGGCACGCAAACGAACUACUGAUUGGUUAGCAUCAGUCUUGCCCAGAGAAAGACAACGAAUCAAUAUGAAAUAAAGCCCACUUUUUUGUUCUGCUUAUUUUUGAAAAUUAUUUGUGUGCUUUAAAUAGUUAAAUUUCUCAGGCAACAGCACACUGAAAUAAAAUCUUUUUAGUAGCCACAUGCAAAAUCUAAAAUCUUUCAAAUGUGAGGUUUUAAAAAGAUAAAUUGAUGUUGUCAUUACUGAGCAUGACUAAUCACAGAAAAUAAAUAUUCAGGUCAUAUCAAGAAACCUUAAAUUAAGCCACACAAAGCUAAAUUAGUUAGUGUCUGAGUGUUUUUGUUUUGUUUUAAUUCAUUUUUUUUUUGUUUAUUUAUUUAUUUAUGUUUACCAUGGCUAUGUUUAAUAUUGAUCUAGAAUGUGGACUGUGUAAUAUGUGUAAACAAUAUUUGAAUGACUUUUUAUUUGAAAUAUAUAAUCAAUGCAAAAUGCAAUCAAUAAAAGAUAAACACUG